AUGUUUUCAGCCAUUGCAAGUUACUUUCAAGAUCGUCCACUUUUGAAGGUAUCGACUAUUGCUGCUCCGGUGCUCUUAGCACAUCAAUGGUGCCAGUCUUCGUGCUUGUCUUUAACUUGUUUAGGUUUCUCGUUGUAUAUUUUUACUGGUGGUUGGAAGACAUUAUGGAUUGCAUAUAUGACAAUAGGAAGAGACGCAAGGGGGUUGUCAUUUGUUAUUCGCGGUCGCAGGAGAAUACGUCAACUACGAGACAAGCAUGCUAUUAUAGCAGAUGUCUUUUUGGAGAACGUCAGAAAAGAUCCUAACAGGAUUGCCUUCUAUUACGAAGACCGUAGCUACACGUUUCAAGAAGCUGAAGAUAUGACCAACCAAGUUGCCCGAUUCUUCAAUAAGCUAGGUUAUAAGAAGGGUGAUGUUGUUGCAUUAUAUAUGGAAUCGUGCCCAGAAUUUGUCAUGAUUUGGUUAGGUUUAUCCAAAUUGGGCGUUGUAACAGCUUUACUGAAUCAUAAUUUACGUGCAAAGUCUUUGGCCCACUGUGUUAACGUUUCUCAAUGCAGAGCUGUCAUCUUUAGUGGCGACUUAGUUGAUGCUAUUGUUGAGAUUCGUGAUGAAUUAGAUUCGGAAAUGGCUUAUUUUAGUUACCGUGAGCCAACAGCAAUGGACAAUAUACCACAAUACCAGGAGCUAACUACUGCAUUUAAUGGCUGUUCAAAAGAACCCUUGAGAGUCGAAUAUGACAGACAGUUUACUGAUCGAUUGAUAUAUAUUUAUACAUCUGGCACUACUGGCUUGCCGAAAGCAUCUGUUAUUUCAAAUAGCAGGUAUUUCUUUGCUACUACUGGCGUAGCUAGUCUGUUAAAUAUUGACAGUAAAGAUACUGUAUACUGUGCACUGCCAAUAUACCAUUCUGCCGGUGGAAUGUUAGGCGUUGGUAGCUGCCUAAUACAUGGUGCCAGUUUGGCAAUUCGCAAGAAAUUUUCUGCCAGUCGAUUUUGGGAUGAUUGCAUUAAAUAUAACUGCACGGUUAUACAGUAUAUAGGAGAAACUUGCCGUUACCUUCUUGCUCAGCCAGAGAAGCCGGUAGACAAACGUCAUAAAGUUCGACUUGCUUUUGGAAAUGGUUUAAGACGGAACAUAUGGCACGAAUUUAAAGAUCGAUUUCAAAUUGAGCAAAUUGGAGAAUUUUAUGGAUCAACUGAGGGCAAUGCAAACUUGAUAAACAUAGAUAAUACUCCUUUUUCCGUAGGUUUUAACUCCGCAUUAAUUCCAUGGGUUUAUCCAGUACAAUUAGUUAAAGUUGAUAAAGCUACUGGUAAACCAAUUCGAGGUAGCAACGGCCUGUGCAUUAUGUGUAAACCAGGUGAACCAGGCGAACUUAUGGGUCGGAUUGUUCAGAAAGAUUUAUCACGCCAUUUUGACGGAUAUGUUAACCAAGAAGCGACGAAUAAGAAAAUUGUUCGAGAUGUGAUGCGUAAAGGAGACUCAUUUUUUGCAACUGGAGAUAUUUUAGUAAAGAAUGAGCUUGGAUAUACUUUCUUUCUUGAUCGAACCGGCGAUACUUAUAGAUGGAAAGGAGAAAACGUUUCAACUACUGAAGUAGAAUCGACCAUUUUAUCAGUUGUUGGCUUUCGAGAUGUAGCUGUUUAUGGCGUUGAAGUUGGCAAUUUAGAAGGAAAGGCUGGCAUGGCAGCUGUUUCAGAUCCUAAUAAUGAUCUUGAUAUGGAACAUUUAAAUCAAAGUCUAAAAAAGUCAUUACCACCAUACGCUAGGCCCCUUUUUAUUAGGUUACUGCUUGCAAUCGACCAGACAUCGACAUUUAAACUAGCAAAGACAAGAUUGAAAGCUGAAGGGUUUGAUCCCAGUAAGGUUGAUUCUGAUAAAUUAUUCUAUUUCAAUAGUAGUGUAGGUCAUUACCAAACUUUAGACGGAGAAAUAUAUAAGGCUAUUCAAUCAGGUUCGAUCCGAUUUUAG